CAAUUUGUUAUGGUGGCGGAGGGAGGGAGGCGGAGAACCGGGAGGAGGAGGGGGAGGAGGAGGAGUUCCCCCUGCCGAACCCUCUGCUCUGCAUUCCGGCGGAGCGCACAGCCACACACCGGCCGCAGCCGAGUCCCGGGGCCGAGAGACUUGUUGUAUAAACGGGCAGAAAAAGUUGCUCCGCGUUUGUUUUCUACACUUUUUCCUUCUUUAUUGUUGUUGUUUGUUCGCUCUGGUUGUGGAAUGGUUUACGUUUUUUCUGGAAGCUGUCUAAACUGUGAGAGAAGGUGGUUUAUGUCCGCUUUUUAAGGUACUUGCCUUACACAAUCCCAACGCUGUAACUCCAGACCGUUGGUGCAUCAUGGUGAUCAUGACAGAGAACAGCCGGGGGGCUCAGACCAGCCCUGCCCAGGGAAGACCGCUGCAGGUUGGCUUCUACGAGAUCAUCCGCACCCUGGGGAAGGGAAACUUUGCAGUGGUGAAACUGGCCAAACAUAAAGUCACCAAAACGCAGGUGGCCAUUAAGAUUAUUGACAAGACCAGACUGAACCCCUCCAACCUGGAGAAGAUUUACAGAGAAGUGCAGAUUAUGAAGCUACUAAACCACCCCCAUAUCAUCAAACUGUACCAGGUCAUGGAGACCAAAGACAUGCUGUACAUUGUGACAGAGUAUGCAAAGAACGGAGAAAUGUUUGACCACCUGACCUCAAACGGCCGCAUGAGUGAAGAUGAGGCACGAAAGAAGUUUUGGCAGAUUCUUACAGCCGUGGACUACUGCCACCGACACCACAUCGUUCACCGUGACCUAAAAACUGAGAACCUGCUGCUGGAUGCCAAUAUGAACAUCAAACUUGCUGACUUUGGGUUUGGAAACUUCUACAAUGCAGGGGAGCCUCUGUCUACGUGGUGUGGCAGCCCGCCUUAUGCUGCCCCUGAAGUGUUUGAAGGGAAAGAGUACGAAGGGCCUCAGCUGGACAUUUGGAGCCUUGGUGUGGUGCUUUAUGUUCUUGUCUGCGGCUCUCUUCCAUUCGAUGGACCCAGCCUUCCUGCACUCAGACAGAGAGUCACAGAGGGGCGAUUCAGAAUCCCUUUCUUCAUGUCUCAAGACUGUGAAAACCUGAUCCGUAAGAUGCUGGUGGUGGACCCGGCCAGGAGGAUCAGCGUGGCCCAGAUCAAGCAGCACCGCUGGAUGCUGGCGGACCCGACAGCUGCCCACCAGACCCUUUCCCAUUCCAUCACAGAAUACAACUCCAACCUGGGGGACUACAGUGAACCAGUGCUGGGCAUCAUGAACACACUGGGCAUCGACCGCCAGAAGACCAUUGAGUCUCUGCAGAGCAGCAGCUACAAUCACUUCUCUGCUAUCUACUACCUGCUGCUGGAGAGAGUUAGAGAGCAUCGCAGCCAGCAGCUGAGCCGCCAGUGUGGGACCUGGACCCAGAGACCCAGGAGCACCUCCGACUCCACCGGCCCAGAGGUGAUCAUGGAGUCCACUGACAGCUUUAGACCCACAUCAUUUUCACUUCCAGCCAAAAGCACUCCUCCUGUGUAUCCAGAGAUGGAGUAUGACCAAGGUGGAUUGUUCCAGCGUGUGGUGUUUCCAGUGGAGGCCAGCCUGAACAGACUGCUCUGGAACCGCUCCAUUUCACCCAACAGCCUGCUGGAGACGAGCAUCAGCGAAGAGGUGCGACCCAGAGACUUGGAGGAGGAGGAGGCGACACAAACUCUCGGGCCUCUGCUCCCUCCCACCACCACCUCCCGCAGACACACUCUGGCUGAGGUGUCAGCCCGUUUCCACCAGUGCAACCCUCCAUGUAUUGUAGUCAGUCCCUCAGAUGGUGCCUCUUCUGACAGCUGUCUGAAGUCCUCAUCCAGUCCAGCCCCCACCCUGCAGACUGCUAUGGGUGAGAUGUCAACACUUCUGGCCUCUGGGGCUGAAAGUGGAGCUCUGCUGCCUGCUGGAGCUCCCCUGACCCUGUCCUCCCACCUCCUGCCCCAGGCCCAGGGCAGCCUGCCUGCUGCUAGCUUCCAGGAGGGUCGCAGAGCCUCUGACACCUCCCUCACACAAGGCCUCAAAGCUUUCCGCCAGCAGCUGAGGAAAAACACACGCACCAAAGGGCUUCUGGGAUUAAAUAAGAUCAAGGGUCUGACCAGGCAGGUUGCUCCGCCGCCCUCUUCUAACCGCGGCAGCCGAGGGUCACUGGGUCCAACUCUGUCUGAGCACCGCAGCAUGCUGGAGGAGGUGCUGCACCAGCAAAGGAUGCUUCAGAUCCAGCACCAACCCCAGCCUCAGGUCCAAGUCGCUCCGACAGGACCUACCCAGAACCCCCUGCUCUUUCUGGCCCAACAGCAGCAGUCACCCUCUCCUCCACCAGCGACAGUGUUUGCUUCCUCCACCAUGUUUGAAACCCCCGCCCCCUCCACCCUGCCUCCUCAGCAGGCUUCAGUGGGUCUACAGCACGGCCCCUGGAAACAAACCCUCGAGACCUCCUCCUCCGGCUGCUCCUCGUCCUCCUCAUCCUGCUACUCUUCUUCUCUGUCCCCUGUAGCCUCCGCUGCUUACCUUCUUGAGGCUCGUCUGCACAUCAGCCAGCAAACCCACCAUCACCCCCACAUCAGCCUCCAACAGCAGCCCCAAUCACAAGGCCCGUUCCCCAUCCUGUCCAAGCCAGUGAUGUGGAGCUUGGGCUCGGCCUCCGGCACAACCCCCGACAUGCAGGAGUUGGGUCUGUCUGCACAGCAGCAGCUUAGCAGCUGUGUGAUGGUGAAGUAAAACUAUAGAGACCAGUGAUUGUUCUCUUCAUGGACGGAAAAAAUCUUGAUUUUGAACUGAGAAGACAAGAGAGCAGAAGUGAAGAGAAAGAACAAAAAAGCUGAUGCAAGCAACAAAUGUGUUAACAUGUGUUACACAUGUAAGAAUGUGUCCACACGUGUAUACUUUUGAUAUCAUAUAAGCUAAAGACUAAGCAAUAACCAAACUCUGACGUUGAACCCGUACCACACAGCCAGAGAAGCAAUAAUAGACUGAAAGACUCUCAUGCACUCCAUGAUGGACUCACUUGAAAAAAAAUGAGAGCUGACGCUAGCCGAUACAAUUAUGUCUCACACGUUUGAUGCUGUUUUAUCUUGUCGAAUACAGGAAGGCUCCCUCUUCCUCAUUCUUAUUUUAGACACGUUUUGUGUCAUUUCCUCCUCUCGAUAUUUUUCACUUGACUGGGCAGAAGACCAAAAUUAUUUUUUUCCCACUUUGUUCGCCUUUACAAAGAGAAGUUUCUCUGUAGCAGUGCAAUGAACAUACAGUAUAGUGCCCUGAGCUUCACUGAAGGAUUGAUUUGUAUUGAAACUGUGAUUUUUUUUUUCUGUGCGAGAUGAUUAUAGCUACGCAAAUUCUGCUUUUACCUCAAGCCGCAAAGAAAGACUGCUACAUCCUCAUCAGCCAAAACUGAAGGAAGACGGUGUCUCGCUGAUUGAGUAAAGCACAACAGGUACAUCGAUCAGCUGGGUAGCACCAACGCAUGUGGAUACAACGACCUGUAUUACCUUUGUUUGAUGAGCACCUUAGUGCUAGAUGCUUUUACUACCUCCAAGAAUUUGGAAUCCUGUAAAAAAAAAUCCCUUAAAAAUGUUGUCAAUCCCAGAAUAUCAGAGGAAUGACGGUUUUCAUAUGGACAGAACAAAGACUGUGGGAACAGUGCAAUAUUUCACAUUGAAAUACAAAGGAAGGACAAGGCUCUACAUAGGAUGGUCAAAAUGUACAUUUGCCUGAGGUUUUUGUGUUAUUAUUUUUAAUUUGUCUGUUUGCUGUGCUAGCUAGCUGAAUAGAACAGGUACUAGUUAUGUAACAUAAAAACAUAAUACUGUAGAAAUUGAGAGGAAGGCAUCAAAAUGCUGUUUCUUCACACAGCAUGCUUGUAGUUCUUUACCUGAAAGAAAACAUUUGGGUUUUACCAAAGAGCAAACAGCACAAGAGAUGGGUGAUCUAUCACAGAUACACUACUGACUUUUCACUUUGAAUGCUGUCUCGAAAUGUAGCACGGUGGUUAGCGAGCUUGUUUCACAUGAUCUCCUUAGCUUUCGCUCUGAGAAAAAAUCCCGCUGCCACCAAAUCCUACUGCUACAUGUGUUGUUAAUAUCUCUAGCUUUUACUAUCAGGACCAUGGUGGUAUUCAUUUUUGUACUUUUCUAGAAAAGAAGAAGAAAAAAAGAAAACAAAAAAACAGAACAUAGCAAUACCAUGUUGUGCUGGAAGUUGAACUUUCUUCAGUUGUCCAUAAGUGGCUAGAAAUAGGUAGAAAUUACCUGAAACAAACUCAUUUAUUUGUGCAGUCAAGUUCAGAUGUCAUAUUAUAAAGCUGCAAGAGAUGUGUAAUAUUGUAAGCUUAGUUCUCAAUUAUCUGUGAAACAACUGGUAGAAGAGCAGUGUUUUUCCAAACCCAGUACUGCGUUGGAAACAUGCAGUGUUGAUAUUUGUUAAAUUUUGGUUGAUUGCACUCACUACCAACACCUGUGCCUUUGAACAAACCCACGAUCAGAGGUCUCCGUCUUUGAUCGCUACACCGAAGAAAGAAAGAUGACUGGCUCCGUUAUUGGCCCUUUUGAUAUCUUCCCUGACCUCUCUCUUCUCUGACUCCGAAACAGAAACAAGAGUUGCACUUUAUUCAUUUUUUUUGUUUCUCAUGAUGGAAAAAAAACUAUUGAAACACUAAAACUAUUGAUGCAAAUCUGUAAGAUGACCCUUUUUGAUAAACUUUGGAUAAAAAGUA